GUGCCAAUGAUCAGCGGACGUGGUCUGGGGCACACGGGGGGCACCCUGGAUAAGCUGGAGGCCAUUCCUGGAUUCAACGUCAUCCAAAGCCCAGAGCAGAUGCAAGUGCUGCUGGAGCAGGCGGGUUGCUGCAUCGUGGGUCAGAGCAAGCAGCUGGUUCCUGCAGACGGAAUCCUGUAUGCAGCCAGAGAUGUGACAGCCACCGUGGACAGCCUGCCCCUCAUCACAGGUGACCUGCCUUCCACGUGUUGCAACCCCCCAGCCUCUGACCUCACAGUCAAGGCCUUCUCAUUGGGGCCAUCUGGCCAUGGGACUUGCCUCAAUCAGUGGCACUUACCACAGGGGGCCUGA